UCCAUUACAUAAACACAAAAACAUUCAGAUCCAUUAACUAACUAUCAUAAUAUUUCAUCGACCCGGUCACAAUUAACUUUACAUCGUCUCCAAACCUCCUUUUCCUUUUUUUCUUUUUUGGAAAAGAAAUUUGAUAAGUUUAAUAAGAUAAUUUAUACCUGUUAUUUGAAUCAAGGCUAAGUAGCCGGCGCGACAUCAACUCGACUACCCGGAUUCGAGUUAAAAGUCGAAACCUCUUCAAGCCCUUGUCAUUUUACGUUUCGACAUCGUCAUCAGCCGCAACCGCCGCCCCUAAAAUACGACGUAGCCUGCUUGGCUGUUUCCGUCCUGUAAGCUUCUUGUCGCACUGCCUUUUUCUAAUCCGAAAUCUUCUAGAUGUUCGGCAAACCUUACAACGUAAACCUUCUACUCCUCUAGAACCGACAUAUUAACUUUUGACCUACAGAACUUAGCGUAGCCAUUAAAAUGGCAUUGUUCGAGAAGUUGGACGUCAACCCGGAUAAGGUGCCCAACACCAAGUUUGGCCUCCACAUCUUCCAAGGCGUCCUUGCUAUAGUUAUAUUCAUCCUCGAGAUCAUCUUAUUCCGAGCCGACGAUUCGAAAAUUAACGGCAAUAAUGGCUGGCCAUUUGGUCUGUGUUUCUUAUCCAUCCCAGCUUGGAUGUACUUAGCUUUGGCGCCGCGCUUUGAGCGAACUCGAAAGGCUGCCCAGCCUCAUGUAAUGGUCGUUACCGAUACCAUCUUCUGCAUCUUCUGGCUAUCUGCUUUCGCUAGCCAGGCCGCUUACAACACUGCCAACUCGUGCGGGCAAGCUUGCUCUGUUAGCAAGGCUAUUGUUGGAAUCGCCUUCUUCGAAACGUUAGCUUGGGCUGCAACGACAGCCGUUAGCGUAUACACCUUGAGAUACUAUCAACGUACCGAGAGUCUACCUGGCUACGAAAACAUCGGGACUAGCCAGAAUAUCGAUCCGGACAAGGCGGCGUUCUCGAUGGCGCCGCACGACGAGGAAGCAUAUGCGCCCGUGCAGAUGGACGAUCAUCACGAGGAUGAUCACCAUGACGGUCCUUACGACCCGGACUCGUUCGGUGGACGAUUUGACAGCGAUACGGCGUACAGACCACACAGCACGUCUCCGGCCCCUCUUGAGAACCCCUUUGAUACCUACCGAACACACAGCACAUCGCCAUCGCACAGCGAUCUGUACGGUGACCCCUACGGUUCUCAAACAUCCAGGCCUCACAUAUACGUCCCACCUGCGGCAGAGUACGACGACGACGACAGGCCGGUGCAAUUCCCCAGUGCGAACUACGACCGGACGUUGCAUUAAAGUGUUUUAUGUUGGCGUAACGAUUUCCUGUUUCCGAGGAUGCGUUUGGGAGCUGAUGACGACCUUGGGGAAGUUCAAACUACCUACUUGGGUACAUAUGAUAAGAGUCGUUUGGGACAGGGUGGCUGGCCAGUACAAAAACUUGACGACGGUGAUCGGUGUUCCGGAUACCUAUUCCAUUGUGGUGCUAUGGGAUACCAUGAUAGUGCCUACGAUUGUUGCGUUUAUAUUUUGUGUUCCGAUAGCAUAGUGUGCAAAUAGAUCUUGCAGGGAAGGGUAAAUAUUGGCUUUAUAUCGGUAUUCUG